AUGUCAUCUUGGGAUCUUCUGGACGACAAGGAGGAAGCGGAGCUCCAUAAGUCGCGACUGGUGAAUAUUGAAGAAAAGCCCUUCAAGCGCAUCACAAAGAGGCUCGCCUCCAUCUCUGCCAUAGCAAAUUCACGAACGAAGCAACAACCUAGCCCGCCACCAGAGGGCGCCAAUGGCGAGAAGGAAACUGAUGCGGAACCAAAGGAGGAGGCUACCGCCCAGGAGCUCCGCGAGAUCGACCAAAUCAAGGACGACCUGACUCUUGAUUUCGCCGCAUUCGACAGUAGCAUCGCCCGCCUGCAAUUCCUCCUCGAUGCCAAUGUCCGCGAGCGCGAGCGCUACAAAGCCGACCAGCAGCGCAUUCUUGAAGAAUGUCAAAGUGUGCGGGAUAACAACACGCGGCUUCGGGAACAACUUGACGGCGCCAAAGCCACGCUGACCCAGCGCAAGGAGUACGACAAGUUGGCAAACGCACUCAUGGCAAAGGGUCUGAGACCACGCGGCGAGCAGGUGACAAAUCUGAAGAAGCUUGAGGAGGAAAUCCGCGACCUCGAGCGUGAAAGCGAGACGUACGGCGUGACAUGGCGCGAGCGGCGUGACCAGUUCAGCAAGAUCAUGGACGAGGGCAUGCUGUUGCGCAGGCAGAUUCGCGACGAAAAGGAGGAAGUUGAAAGACGGGAGGGAAUGAACGAGGACGAGGAGGAUGGCGAGGCCUCGAGAGGCGGACAGACGCCGCGACAUGUUUCGAGCGGUAAUGUCACACCUCAUCCCGACAGCGGCGCCAUACCGAGAGCGACAUCUGGCCAGGAUGGCCAUUCAGAAGAUCACGGAGAAGGAUUAAAGCCGCGAUCUGGCGGACUAGGAAGCUUUUCUCGGUCUGGCAGCGCGGUGCCGAGCCAGAGCGAAACGCCUCAUCCUAAUCUAGACGAUGAUGAGAUUGAAGAAGGAGAGGAUGUUGAGAUGGAUGAUCAGCAGGACGCCCAGCCCGCUUCAGGAGGCGACACACCUCAGAUUACAGUGGAUGCACCGGAGAGGAUGGAGGUUGACAAUUAA